UUUUUAUUCAGUGGUUUUUCCGGUGUUGGUGUAUUACUUUAUUAUUCUUUGUAUGUAACUUUACGCAAUUCAAAACAUUGAUGACAGUAGUGGAUUUCUGAACUGUUUUUGAUUAGAUUGCAAAUUUGAACGAAAGCAACUUCAUGAAUGUGUCAAAAGAAAUGGCUACUUCAGCAAAAGCACACGAAUUCACCAACCCGAAAGCUUUUUUCGACAUGUUCAAGGAUCUUUUCCACGCCGCAACAACGAUACUAACGCCACUAACGCAGCAAAAUGCUGAUAUGGCACUGCAGUACUGUGAGCACUUCAUCCAAACUGUACUUUACUCUGCUAUUUUUAAUCGGACACCACGAUUUUGCGAUCCUAACUUGGCAGAUGACCGAAACUUUCUGGUGGGUGAAGCGUUGGUAUUCCUCCUUCAAGCUCCUAAAAACACUACAGCCUACAAUAAUGCUUCCAAUCUAGGAUUUCAUCCUGUCGGAUAUCUGUAG